GGCUGUCUUUUCAUUCCCUAAACACAAAAUUUGAAACACAAGAUUCCAAAUCAAAAUCUUUGAUUUAAAAAACUCAUAUUUGUUUAACGAGUAGAGAAAGAAAAGGGGAAAUUUGAAAAACAUUGGAAGAGAAGAAAAUGGAAGGAGAAAUUAGGGUUUGGUGUUUGGAACAUCUUCUUAGAAAAUCAAGCAUCAAGACCAACCUCAUCAACAAAUUUAUUUCUAAAAUCUCACUCUCCAAUACCGAUUACCGCACCAAGAAAACAAUGAUCCUCAGAACCCUCGAAGAUGCCUUGUCGGAAGCAUUUAUCCCAGAAUAUAUGCUCCAAAUUUUUGAGGUACUAGAAAAACUGUUACUUUGUCGCGACUCUUCAAAUCCAAAUUCAAAUUCAAAUUCAAUCGCUGCUGCCAUGAAAGCUGCUUAUUGUAGUAUUGCAGUUGAAUUUACACUCAAGCAUCUCGAUGCAGGAACAUCAAACCCUAUGUACGGCAAAGCGGUGAAGAGGAUAUGGAAAGAUAGGGUUCAUGAUAUGCACAAUGAGGGAAGUAGUUUUCUAUUAUCCGAUGAAUUGAAAGAAUGGAAAAGUGAGAUUGAGAAAUCGCUUUUGGAUGGAGAAGUUAGGAAGAAGCUUGCUUCCAUUCCGUUUACUCGAAGAGACGCGAUUGUAAAGGUGCAGGCUUUUUUGGCUGAAGCUUGGGAGGACUUAGGCCCUUCCUUUCUUGAAUCAGUGGCGAACAAUCAGUUGGAUUCGAGUGUGGAUGGCUUGCAGAAACAACAGGAAGUUUCUCCAAUAGAAAUUCGGAAAGACAAUGAGAAGGUUGAAGGGAAGUUUACUACUGCUGUUGAUCUUGAGGAAGUGGAUUUAUCAACCUCUUGUGUAAAAGCUGACACUUUGCGGAUUAGCGAGAGCACGAAGAAUGGGGAAUCUCUUAAGGGAAGUUCUGUGGAGUUGCAAACCUUGGCCAAGGAUUCUGGUUUGGUAAUUGAGGACACGAAUGAGGAGCCACAAAUGGAAAACCCGAGUUUGGAUGCAAACUUGCCCAACGCACAAGCUUGCCAGGGUAGUAAUAAUAACGAGACUAAUCUUAAUGAGACAACUUCUGUUCAUCAAAGUGAUGCUCAUCUCCCUAACUUGAUGAAACCAAAUAGUACUGCUCGAACUCAUGAGUGGGAUGAUUCCAUAGAUGGCUUACAUGCUAGUAAAUUUAGUUUGCCUAGUCCAAAGAGGAGGAAACAUUCUCCAUUGAAGGCGUAUGAACCAAAAAACAUCGUAAAAAGGAGAAAACCGAAAAAAUGGAGUAAAUUGGAAGAGGAUACCCUAAGAACCGGAGUAAACACGUAUGAUUUUUUUUAAUCAAGUUACUAUAAUAUUGUUUUUGUAUUUUGUCGAUACAAAGUUUUUAUGUAUUUUGAUACACUUUCAAGUACAAUUUCAUAAUCUAAUUUUAAAUUCAAUGUAUAAAUUCUAAUCAGACUCCAUUCAUAAAAAUGAA